UCUUUCUGUCCUUUUUUUAAAAAAGCACUCGUUUCUCUUUGCGCUGCUGGGUUUUGUCCGAGACGGUCAAACUGGAUGUAAAAAGCUGGUGGGUCGCCAGUCCAAGAUGCUUCUGGUUUCCCCUCGGGUAGAAGCACCACGCAUGGAGCCGCAUAUUCCAUUACAGGGAUCCAUUAAGAGAAAGCUGGAAGAUGGCAGUUCCCCAGCCUCCCAAACCAUGCCUGAUGUCAUUUUCUCAAGCGACAACAAGAGACUCUGCCUUGAUGAUGUCACUCUUUCAAUGGGACAAGCAGCCAAUCCCGUUUCCUGUCCAGAUAUGCAGCAGUCACCCUUCUCCACCAAUCAUGGUGCAUCCUCUAUAGGAGUGCCAGGUCAUGCCAUGCUGUUGGAAAAUAGUCAUAUGAAUGGUAGCAGUAUAGGGUCUCCGUUUUCAGUGCCACCUAACACUGAAGUAGGGCAGAAGGGAUCCCUCAGUAGCCAAAAUAAUAUGGGCCAUUAUGAUGAGAAAGGCAGCAACUUACAAUCUGUAGACCAGGAACUGCAAGACUUGUUAGAAGAACUGACUAAAAUGCCUGAACCUUCUCCCAAUGAACUGGACCUCGAGAAGAUCUUGGGAAGCAAACCUGAGGAGCCUCUUGGAAGUCUUGGCCACACACAGCCAACCAUCAACAACACUCCAAAGUCCUCUUCCCAGACACCGCACUUGGAGAACCAUGUGCCCAGCAAAGAGUUUUCUCCAGGGUGUAACCCUCAAAGUGGAGGGUCACCCCAAAUGAGACCCUCCUCAGCGGGAGGGAUCUAUCCAGUUCCACCCCAAAACAAACCUGUUGCACCACCCAUUUCAUCAGCUGCACCAAGUAAGAACCAGGCUCAGUCUAUGCUCUCGGUACAUGUAUCCAACAUGACUAGCUCUAAUUGGCAUGCACAGCAACUAAAACAACUGGCAGCAAGCAAACAGGUCCCUGCUACCAAGCAUCAAGCUCCUAACUGGUCUAAUAUAUCAUCCCAAGGCCUCUCUCCCCCUUAUCGGCAAGGAUCUUCCCCUCACCAUCAGCCAUUCAGUCCUCAAAAUGUCAUGGUGUCUAGCAUGAGUUCUAAUGGCCUGCCAGGAAACAACAUUCAAAGUCCUCAGAGCUCCUUGCUUUCGAGCAUAACGUCCAACAGCAAUCCAUCCAGUGGCCCAUCUCCUCCUUUUGGUUCUGAGAAGCUUUCCAGUCCUGUUCUCAACCAGCAACCUUUCAGCCCUCCAAAUCCCAUCCUUUCCAACAUGUCUGCCACCAGCAUUCCGACCAACAGCAUCAAAAGCCCACAGAACAACUUGGUGUCUACAAAUACUGGGCCCUCCCCACCAUACAGGCCAGAAAAGCUUUCAAGCCCUGCUCUGCACCAGCCCCCAUAUAGCCCUCAGAGUACCUUGAUUCCAAACAUAGCCCCUACCAACAAUCCCACCAGCAUGCAGAGCUCUCUCUUCAAACCGAUGGCAGCUCAGUCCAAAAACAUGAACCUUAUCAUGCAGCAGUCCUCCAGUGGCUUGCAGCCAGGCUUGGUAACCGAAGGGCCUGUUGGGCAAGACCAGUUUUCAUUCAAUAACACAAAGCCACUGUCCCAUUUCACGUCGGAAUCCACUGCUCCUCAGAAGAUGUCACCCAUGACUUCAGGCCCUGGGCAGCAAUCGCUCAUUCACUAUCUCCAGCAGCAGCAGCAGCAGCAGCAGCAGCAGCAGCAGCAGCAAGUAGCCACUUCACAGCAGUCCCAGCAAGUCAAUAACAGCCCGUUUAUUCAGCAGCAGCUGCGGCAGCUAAUGCAGCCUUCUCGGAUGCAGCGGCACGUGCAGCCAUCUCAAACCCGACAGGACCAAAACCCCGGGAUUGUCGCUACACUUCAGGAGCCAACAGCUGCCCCAAAUACAGGUCCAGCGCCUGCACCGGCUCGGCCGAUGGUGAAUGGUUAUACGAUGAGGAACCACUUACUAAAGCAGCAGAUAAUAAGACGGCAGCAGCUGCAGGAAAAACAAAGACAUGGCAUGAUGGGAGUGGCGUCUGAGCAGAGGAGUGCUUUUGUGGGCCAGCAGAUGAAUCAGUUCCCUGCUGUCUCCCAGCCCAUGCCGACUGACUGCAGCCAAUCCAUGCAGACUCCUCCUCCAAACCACCGCAUAAUGCCGUCCGCUCAGGGGAUCUUGCAGAAUGCCUUGGGCUCUGGGAUGACUCCUGCUGCUAUGAACCAGAACAGCGGGGCAAUGGUGAUGAUGCCUCAUAACCCCAGCAAACAGCCAGGAAUUUUCUCACCCAGUUCUGAUUACAAUCUCCCUCUCCGGCCAAGCCCAAACUCUCUGGCCAUGAAUUCAGGAUGCCAAACAGUUCACAGCCAUCCUGUGGCUCGGCCAGGCCUGGCAUUGUCCGGCUUUAGCACCGGCUCCUUAGUGAAUCCUCCACCUGCCCAGCAGCACUUGAGACAGCCAUCCAUGCCAAGAAUUCCUAACGUCUAUUCCAACUCAUCUGCACAGAUGUGGACACCAACAGGGGUACCAAGGAUGCCAAAUCAAAGCCAAAUGGAUGCCAGCAUGCAGCAGUUCGCCAGUAGCCCCCUCUUCUCAAAACAGAACACGAGGCCAAACAUCCCAGGUCAACCAUUCUCUCAUCAGGCUGUGGUUCCACCCAAUCAGAUUGCUCCUGGAGUCCAGGCCAGGCAGAUGCAGAAAGUCAGUCUUGGACAGUCUGGCCCCAACAUGGCCAUCCUGAACAAUCAGAACUUGAGACACAACUUAACCAGAGGACCUUUGCCAACGGCAAUGAAUGUUAUGAAAUCAAUGCCACAAGGCGUAUCUGGUUUUAACCAGCUGAGUCCCGCUCAAGCCGUUGGCCCACCAACCUAUCCUGGUUCCACUGGCCAGCCGACAGGGACAUUCAGCCGAAUGAGCACCGCCUCUGAGCUACCACCACAGUAUGACUUUGUGGCCCAGCCGAACAAUUCCAUUUUGCCUGGGAAUUGCAGCGAUGCAGACUUCAUUGACUCUCUGAUGAAGAACAGCAGCAGUGGCGGGACUGAUGAAGACUGGCUAAAUAACUUGACAAUGAUAGACGACAUUUUGGGACAGCAUGUUCAAAGCUCUGGCCACGUGUAACGUUUUAGGGAAAUGGAGGGAAAUGUAAAUAGUUUGUGCAGGAACCUUCAACAAGAAGUAACAUGAAAAGAAAUCCUCCCCCCCAUCAUUCAUGGAUGGAAGAAUAAACUUGUCCAACUAACUCUUCACCUUUGUCCCAGGUUUUUCAGACGACUGUACAUAUAUUUGAAUAUUUUGUAAAUUAUGUUUUCCUAAACAUUAAAUAUGGAAGUAUUUAUACUUCUUUGCUGGAUUCUUUGUAAAUACCCUAUAGACUACUCCUCUUUGUUAUAUUAUAGGAAAUGAAUUACACUUCGUUCUAAAUAUGCAAAUAUUAUUGUUAGUUUCAGUAAUACUGUGUAUUACAGCAUCAAAUAUUUUAUGUUUUUGACAUAACACAUGAACUAGGGGUGUCGUGGCAAACUGAAUAACACAGGAAGCAAGCAUGGCGAGAUUCCGUAUUUCCCUGUUCCCUUAGCACAGAUUGAUGUGACUGGUCAACUGAAUGACAAAUCCAUUUUGAUCUUGCAAAUGAGAAUUGAUCCCUUCCAGUCCCAGAAAUUUACCCACACAAAUUAGUUAAUAAACUAUCUUGUUGUGGCAAGCUGCUAUCUAUGCCAGAUGGAAGACUCUUGCUGCCAUUGACCUAUGGCUGGUUCACAUGUGCACGUUUGGGACAAUGGAAGCCAUGAUGUGCAAGUGUGAAUGAGCCAUUUAAUUCCAAAUGCAACUGACAGAAUUUGAGAAUGGCUGGUUUGUUUUCCAAGAAGUGUCUGUGCUCAUACAUUGAUCUACAAGUUAAGUGAUAGAUGUCUCUGUGGGAAAUGGCCCCCUGGAUCAUAAGGCUGUUGAACUGGGAGGGCAAAGCAAUGAGGUUCAGUUGUGCAACAUCCUUAACAUCUGAAGAGCGCAAAAGUCUGCCUAGACAGCUCUUAUCAUUCAGUGGAUAACCCUUCCUGGGUUGCCUUCCUCGACAAUGUAUAUUUGUAGUGUACAGGUGAUUU